AUGGCAGAUAAAUCGUCAAUUCAAGGAGUUUUGGACCUUGAUCCAUGGUUGGAACCAUUCUCGAGCCAUCUUGUUGAUCGUCAGAACCAAUUGCAAAAAUGGAAGUCGCAACUUGAGCAGUCGGAAGGUUCCUUGACCAAAUUUGCGUCCUCGUAUCAAACUUACGGAGUCCACGCCGACUGGCAAAAUAAGAGUAUUACGGUAGUGCAGUAUAUUCCUGAUGUCAAGAGUGUUUCUAUCGUUGGAGAUUUCAACAAUUGGAAUCCUGAAGCUCAUCAAUUGGAACAGGUUAACAAUUUUGGACUCUGGAAACUUACAAUUGACUCCGUCGAUGGUAAAUUUGCCAUUGACCAUGACUCUCGCUAUAAGAUAUCCAUGGUGUUGCCUAGUGGAGAGCGUAUCUAUCGUUUGGACCCAUGGGUAAAGAGAGCUACCUAUAAUAAGGACACCAACUUGUACGAUGGUCGGUUCUGGAAUCCAGACCAUACGUAUACGUUUGAAAACAAACGCCCCGUACCUGAAUCGGGUAUUCGUGUUUACGAGGCUCAUGUGGGUAUCUCGACCCCUAAUCCAGAGGUUGGUACCUACAAGAAUUUCACCCACAAGGUGUUGCCAAUAAUUCACAAAUUAGGCUACAAUACCGUGCAAUUGAUGGCCGUUAUGGAACAUGCAUAUUACGCUUCGUUUGGUUACCAAGUGACCAGUUUCUUCGCUGCUUCCUCUCGUUUCGGCACUCCAGAAGAUUUAAAGGAAUUGAUCGAUACUGCCCAUGGGCUUGGGAUUCGAGUACUUUUGGAUGUGGUUCAUUCGCACAGCUCAAAAAAUGUUGACGAUGGUCUUAACAUGUUCAAUGGCACCGACCACUACUUGUUUCAUGGUGGACCAAAGGGAAACCACGACUUGUGGGACUCACGUCUUUUCAACUAUUCCAAUCAUGAAACCCUUCGAUUCUUAUUGUCGAAUUUGAAAUUUUACUUGGAUGUUUACCAAUUUGAUGGUUUCCGGUUCGAUGGUGUCACAAGUAUGCUUUACAAACAUCAUGGCUUGAGCUUUGGUUUCAGUGGUGACUACAAUGAAUACUUUAAUCCAGAAUGGGUCGAUAAUGAUGCUAUAAUCUACAUGAUGUUGGCACACACUAUGAUGGAAGAGUAUAGCACUUCUGGGUUGAAAUUCACUUCUAUUGCCGAAGAUGUUAGUGGAAUGCCUGCUCUCUGCGUUCCCAUUAGCAAAGGAGGUAUUGGGUAUGACUAUAGAUUGUCCAUGGCUAUCCCAGAUAUGUGGAUCAAGAUCCUCAAACACUUGUCUGAUGAACAGUGGGAUUUGGGAAAUAUUGUCCACACAUUGACCAACCGUCGUCAUGGAGAAAAGUGUAUUAGUUACUGUGAGUCUCAUGACCAAGCUCUAGUGGGAGAUAAGUCGAUUGCAUUCUGGUUGAUGGACAAAGAAAUGUACACCAACAUGUCUACACUCACCGAAAACACCCCAGUUAUCGACCGUGGAAUCGCACUUCACAAGAUUAUUCGUCUCUUGACAUUUAGCUUGGGCGGUGAAGGGUACCUUAAUUUCGAAGGUAAUGAGUUUGGACACCCCGAGUGGCUUGAUUUUCCUCGAGCCGGUAAUAAUGAGUCGUAUCAUUAUGCCCGUAGACAAUUCAACUUGAUUGAAGACGAUUUGUUGAGAUACAAGUUUUUGUUCGAGUUUGAUGCAGCAAUGCAACAUCUCGAUGAAAAAUACGAAAUUUUGCAAUCGCCUCAAGCUUAUGUUUCCCUCAAACACGAGGGUGAUAAGGUUCUUGUUUUCGAAAGAAAUGGUUUAUUGUUCAUUUUCAAUCUUCAUCCCACCAAUUCUUACCCUGAUUUUAAGGUUGGAGUCGAGACACCUGGAGUGUACAAGGUUGUUUUGAAUUCUGACGAUAAACAAUUUGGUGGGCAUGGACGUAUAAGCAAUGUUGAUGCGGAGGGAAACGACUUGCAAUUCUUCACCCACAAUGAACGCUGGAAUGAUAGGUCUAAUGCUUUAUUCACCUACAUUCCUUCGAGAACUGCGCUAGUGCUUCAAAUUAAAGAGAAAAUUUAA